ACCCGUGACAACAUCUUGGUCAUUUGCAGACCCCUUGAGGCAAACGUCAUCAUCAGAAUCGCCCGAUAAAACGACCUGCCAGACGGUUCUGAGUCAAGUUCAGCUGCGGAGAUUCAAACAUCACCUUCGUGUGUCAAACCAGCCUUACAGCUAUCCGCUACUUGCAAUACUGUCGCUCUCGCUGGAGUUCUGUUUACUGGAGAUCCCCCUGGAACUCCCUUGCUCUUCCCCACAUUCUUUCCGUUCCCCUGCCAUUAGGUUCUCUGCGUCUACGCAGUCAUUGGCCUGUCUCAGGCGGUUCGAGCGCUAUUAUUAGGAAGUUCGCUGGAGUCACCACCCCACACGACCUCGUUGCUGCUUCCCUUCCAUCGUCUCCUGUCGCCGUACUAGUCCUUCACAACGUGCUGCGCAGGCUAUCACAACUUCAAUGGAUAGUGUACGGCAGCACAUAGCCUCUCGGGGCUAUGGCGUCAAUGCCACUUACAUCUACGAAUAUUCAAGAGGCUUGAGCGGAGUGGACGUGCCUCGAGAUCAUCUGUUUACCCAGAUCAUCUACGCGUCUUUGACAAUUCUGGCGUUCGUCGUGUUCUGCGGACGAAUUGCACAGAUUAGCCAUGCCUAUCUUCGCCAUAUCACCUCUCUGACGGCAAGCAAACGAGAACAGACUUUCUGGAGUGUUGAGGUAUCACCUGCCUGGACAAAUUUUAAGAAGCAUAUGUUGUAUGCACCCCUGGGAAGGAAGAGACACAACCGGGAACUUCAGCUUUCGUCGGCCAUCGGCGUAGGCACAGUGCCUUCCAGAUUCCAAACCAUCUUCGUUGGUUUAUACCUCGCUAGCCAGAUUGCCUAUUGUGUUAUUCUCGACUACAGGGUGAACGUUAAGGCGGCCCUUGUCGCCGAGCUCCGUGGUCGUUCCGGGACGCUGGCCGUUCUCAACAUGGUCCCUCUCUUCCUCCUGGCUGCCCGCAACAACCCACUCAUUCCCCUGUUGCACAUUAGCUUCGAUACCUAUAAUCUGCUUCACCGUUGGCUUGGCCGGAUUGUUGUUAUUGAGAGCGUUGUGCACACGGCCGCGUGGGCGGUCAAUGCAUGUGACGAAGUCAGCUUCGCUGACAUGCUUGCACGCCUCCGCGACACUCCGUUCUUCACCUGGGGAUUAGUCGGGACUGUCGCAAUGGUGGUUCUCGGACUCCAUUCCCCGUCUCCAAUUCGGCACGCCUUUUACGAGACCUUCUUGCAUAUCCACCAACUCUGUGCUCUGUUUGCAUACAUUGGUGUCAUCAUGCACCUGGAUCUUGACAAUCUACCCCAGAAGCCUUGGCUCAUUGCCGUUGGCUUGAUGUGGCUGUUGGAGCGGCUGGCUCGCCUCGGCCGGAUAGCAUACCUGAACAUCUCUCCCAGCAAAGGUUCUACAACUCUGACCGUCGAAGCCCUCCCCGGCGAAGCCUGCAGAGUGACUUUUCAACUUCCCAAGCGCGUUCACGUUGGUGCAGGUAGCCAUGUGUAUGCCUACAUUCCCAGCGUUGCUCUCUGGAUGUCGCAUCCUUUCUCUGUCGCUUGGGUUGAGCCCAGCGAGUCUGUGACGGCCCCAGCCGUCACCGGAACAGCCUCCGACCUCGAGAAGCAGCCUAUCUCUGAUCUGGACAAGUACAUGAAGGCCCAUCAGCAACCGACGUCGGUGUCUCUCAUCAUGGGUGCUCGCCAAGGCAUGACCCGUAAACUGUACAACAGAGCCCUCGCAGCACCCAGUCAAACGCUCCACCUGUCGGGCUUCAUCGAGGGGCCGUAUGCCUCCCACGCUGUCAACCUGGCCAGCUACGGCACUGCGGUCCUCUUCUCGGCCGGCGCCGGCAUCACCCAUCACAUGCUCUCCGUGCGUGAUCUCAUCAUCCGCUCCACCGAAGGCCGUGCUGCGACUCAGAAGAUCUACCUUGUCUGGUCCGUUCGCAGCACAGAGCACCUCGCCUGGGUGCGAGAAUGGAUGGAUCAGAUCCUUCGGUUGCCGGGCCGCCGGGAGAUCCUGACGAUCAAGCUCUUCGUCUCGAAGCCCAAAUCCUCUCGGGAGAUCGUCUCGCCCAGUGCCACCGUGCAGAUGUUCCCUGGACGGUGCAAAGCCGACGUCGUCCUCGACGAAGUCAUUCCUGAGCGCGUUGGCGCCACCGUUGUCUCCGUCUGUGGUCCAGGUGCUUUCGCCGAUGAAGUCCGUGCAGCUGCCCGAUCUCGUAUCGGAAAGGGUGCUGUGGUCGAUUUUGUCGAGGAAGCCUUCACGUGGUAGACAAGCACCUUUUCCCAACCCGUCCCCCCCCCCAAAAUUGUAUCAACUUCCUUUCUUGUUGUCAAUGCUAUUGUGAUU